AUGGAGUUUGAGAAUUCAAGUAUAGAGGUGGCAGUAGAUAAUUGUGAAAGCAUAAAUGAAGGAGUAGAUAAUUUUGAAGGCAUAAAUGAAGGAGUAGAUAAUUUUGAAGGCAUAAAUGAAGGAGUAUUUAAUUUUCAAGGAAUAAACGAAGGAGAAGAUCAUAUAAAUGAGAAUGAGGAAGAUGAGAAUUUUGUUAUUGAUUUACAGGAAAUUUGUGAAGAAGUGGAAAAUGUUGUUAAUGAAGGAAGAUUUGAGGUUUUUGACAGUGAAAACGGGGUGAUAGUUUAUAGUUUGGAUGAUAUUUUUAAUUUAGAUCUGCAUUUAAGUCCCCAUGAGCUUAAGAAUGUUCAAUUUGUAAGUGUUGAGAUGGCUUACUUAUUUUAUUACUGGUUUGCAAGAGUUAAUGGAUUUGCCGCAAGAAAGAGCAAGAUUUUGAGAAAUAUUAAGGGGGAAAAAUUACAACAAACAUUUGUUUGUUUCAAGGAAGGAUUUAGAGAUAAGCGUGGUUUGAAUCUACAGAAUCGAAAGCGAAAGCAAAAACCGGAGACAAGGUGCGGAUGUGAAGCAAAACUAAGAGUGCAUAUUGAUAGCACAUGUGGACUAUGGUACAUUACAUAUUUUGUGGAUGAGCACAACCAUUGUUUUUUGGAAGAUAAGUAUUGUAGAAUGUUAGCUUCUCAUAGAGAUAUGAGUGAGUUAGAUAUAAUGCAGUUGAAUAAAAUGAGAAAAGUUGGCAUUAGUACUCCUCAAAUUUAUGGGUCACUUGCAGAUGACCCUGGAGGGUAUGAGAGACUUUCUUUUUGUAAAAAGGACAUAUACAAUCAAAUUGGAAGGCAAAGAAGGUUGCAAGGUUUGGAUUCUAAAUGUGCCUUGGAAUUUUUGAAUGGUUUAAAACGCAAUGAUCCUUUAAUGUAUGUUGGUCACAGUGUUGAUGACGAAAACAGAUUGUAA